CAACAAUAUAUGUUCCGAUUAGGGUUAGGGUUUUAGGAUCUCUCGCACUCUCUCUCUUCCUCCGCGAGCCGACCGAAGAAGCUCCACUCCAUCGCCCCUUGGAGAGCGAAAAUGGUGAAGGGACGCCAAGGAGAGCGCGUCAGGCUCUACGUGAGAGGGACGAUCCUCGGGUACAAGAGGUCGAAGUCGAACCAGUACCCGAACACGUCAUUGAUCCAGAUUGAGGGAGUGAACACCCAAGAGGAGGUGGCAUGGUACUGUGGCAAACGCAUGGCCUACAUCUACAAGGCCAAGGUGAAGAAGAACGGUUCGCACUACCGCUGCAUUUGGGGCAAGGUCAUCAGACCUCAUGGUAACAGUGGCGUUGUACGGGCUAAAUUCAAGUCCAACUUGCCUCCCAAGUCCAUGGGAGUGAGAGUCAGAGUCUUCAUGUAUCCCAGUAACAUAUGAGGUCCUGCUUCCUCAGGGGCAUCUGAAUCCCAGCUUCGUGAUGGCUGAUUUGAGAGGACCUACAUAGACAUGUAGCUAAAGUGAAAUCGAUUCUUCUGAAUUCAUUAGGAAAACGAUGCGUCUGCGUAUUUAUAUUUGAAAUUGUUGAAUUUCAACUAGUUGUAUUGGAUUAGAUGCCGAUUUUGACAGAUGUGCAUUUUGCUUGGGUGCUGGUUUUGGUUUUCUUCCAGGCUGCUUUUAACAUCAUUUUGAGAAACUCUAAUGCGAACAUGGUUGAAUUCCAUCAGCCAUGGAAUGCCAUUGCAACAGAUGAUGGUGGGGAGAGAAUGCAAUGGCAGACUAUUUUGCA